UUACAAAAUUUACGAAUUUAUGAAUUUUCCAAUGCUACCAGAGCCUGCGUGAAUUGCCUCAUUUACAUAAAUCUCUUACCUCUAACCUUCUCUUUAAAGGGAACUCUUGAAACAAUUCCGUCCCCCGGAAGAAGGCGGGUUGUCCUACAUCUCGCCCCGCCAUAGGAAUCGGAUGUACCGCCUGCUCGUCGACAAGGACGCGACCAACAUAAUCGUCCCCACGGUCGAGGAUGACCCCACUUUCGUACAGUCUCCCCUUCACCCCAGCCUCGCCAUAGGGAACACCCAUGUCCGGAAUAUUAUCGCCUGGCGACAGUUCACGUUCAAUAGGACGCUCCACUUUUGGCGGCAGGGGUCACCCCAGGGCAAGCUCGUCUGGUACAAGGCCUUCUAUCAGGUCGAUCACAUCAACGUGUAUGAAGCCCCGUCGACAACGUCCGUAUCGCUGAUUCGAUUUCCGCCGUCAAUUUUUAUCCAUCCCUUCUGGAACAAUGAUCUGGAAAUCGCCAACUUCGCCGGUGGGCGCAUCCUCGCCGCUAAAGCAUGGAUGACCGCGCUUACAUUCGACUUUGCCGAUUACAACGUAGAACAAUCCAUCAUUAGUCAUCGCUCCAAAGGGGCCGCGUACUGGGAAGGGGUUUCUACACUUUCCAGCUACAAGCGAUGUCUUGCCGUCACGUACAACUGGUUCCACCCAAAAGAGCGCGAUGUUUCAGAGCUCGCGGGAGUCGCGCUUACCUCAUUUGACCCGCAUUUUCUCGCCCUGCGCUACGGCUUUCAUAAAACCGGCACCUUCGACCACAUUGAUAACGACCGGGUCGAGGCCGGGACAGGAAUUUGGCCGACCUCGCUCCCCGUGAAAACCAUGCUUCGCGCUUAUUUCCGCCAAGUCCGCGACGUCAGGGAAAACCCGGGAGAUGAUUUUUUCACCCCGAAAAUCCGCAAGAAACUCAGAUACUCGAAAUUAAUCGGAUUUGAAGCAUUUUCAGAAGCCCAGCUCUUCUUUUUGAUAAAUUUCCGAGAAAUUUGUCGCUCCCGGGAUGACGAGUCGGAUUUUUAUAAGGGCCACGUCAUCGAAAAUUUGUCCGGGUUUAUGCAGAUGGAGGAAUUUGCGAAUGUUUGGCAUUGUCCGCCGAACGGUGGGAUGAAUCCCCCGAAGCCAUGUUUUAAGGAAAAUUGGAAAACUGGAAAAUCGGAAUGAUAAAGAUAAUGUGGAGAAAUAAUAGGUGUGUAAAUUUGGGAUUUUUUUUGUAUGAGAAAUAAAACGCAAAAAAUUGAGGAAUUUUUGCAAUACUAACUACCGAGGAAGUGCUUCAAUAAUUUCCAGUAAAUCUGCAAAAAUAUGUAAAAUAAUAAAAAUUGAGGAUAUAUUUUUGUACAAUAAGAUGCUCAGAAUAAAAAAAACUGCAAAAUGUAGUGAUGACCAUGAA